CCGUUACCACCCUACAGCAAAGAGCAGGAGGAGAGAGCUGCCGCCCUUCUGCGUGAGAAGAAAGAGAAGAUGGAGAAGAGGGAACUAAUYAGACAGGCUAAGAUGUUGGCGCUGUUGGAGGAGCAGGAAGCAAAGAAGAGGCAGAUGGAGGAGGAGAUGGAAAGAUGGAAGAAGGAGCAGGAGGAGAAGAUGGCAGCUAUUCAGGCGGAAGAAGGAAAAAAAAAAGAAGCGGAAGAAGAAGAAGAAAGACCGCUAGAGAGGAGAAGAGGAGGAGGAAACACAAGUAAAGAAGCGGAGAUUGCGGAAAGGGCACAGGAGUGGGCCGCACAUUUGAAGUUAGGGGAAGACCAGGAGGCUGAGAUGGCUGUACCCGAGAAAGAAAAAGAAGCAGCCAGGAGGCAAAUAGAAGCAGAGAGGGAUCCAGUAAAGAGAGGGGCAAAGGAGGAGGAACAGCGGAUGGCGUGGAGAUACCGGUUAUCCCAAGAAAGGGUCAGGAGAUUGGAAGCGGCAGAGAGGGCGGACAAGGACCUAAGAGCGGCGGAAGUUAGGAUGGGGAAGAUCCGAGCGGAGACUGAGCUAGCAACCAAGCUAGAUACGCUGAUCCAAAGUGUAGAGGCUUUAUUAGUCGCACGGCGGGAACAAAUGCAGUACGAACGCAGUCAAGACAUCAAGAUAGACGCGAUACGCGCGGGGUUCAAGGACUUCGCGUGCGACAUGAUGAAUUACCUGCUGACCGAAGUGCACAUUGCGGUUAAUAGGAUCCGAGAGUUUUGUACUGGCGCCAUUGAAGGCGCCAAGCUAGCGGCCCCUAAGGAAGAGGAGCCGGCCCCACCAUGUCGCGAGAAAGUCAAGGUCCGAUUUCCCGAACCCUUCAGUGGGAAGAAGGGUGAAGAUUUUGAUAUCUGGGAGGCCAAUGUGCACUCCUAUCUGUAUCUGCAGGGAGUCACACCUGAAGACCAUACUUUGGUGGCCUUCCAGGCCCUUAGAGACGAAGCAACUAGCUUUGCUAGGUCGCUAGCCCGCGCUGCCAACUGCGAUAACGAUAUGGUUGCAUACUCCAGACUGACACCCCUCUCCGACUUCCUGAAAGCCCUCAGGGAGCGAUUUUUUGAUGUCACUCGAAGGCCUCAGACAAACUCCAAAUGAUCCACACUCGUCAGUGGAAGAGUGUGCAUGCGCUAAGGUCCGCUAUGGACGAACUGAUUGCGGUCCCUGACAUGGAGUCACUGAUGUGCAACUCCUUAACCUCUUCUACCGCGCCCUGCCUGAAAAUAUUCAGGGACACUUCUUCGAGAAGAAGAAUCAGCAGGGCAUGACUUACGAUACACUUAGUCGGGAGGCAGUUGCAUUUGCCGCCCAAGCGUCGCCAGUUACCACGUUCUGGCACAAGGAUCUGUCUAAGGGAAAAACGUGGAAGGGACGCACCAUCUCAAGCCAAAUCAAGGCCAAAGAUAGUC